AUGUGCCCCUGCGACCCUGUAGGCGCGGUGCCGGUUGUUUUCGAGCCGCUGCGGAUCGAUAAACUGAGCCAACGCACGAUAGUGCGAUCGAAGACUGGACGUAGCAUGGGGCUGGAGGCCACCAUGACGGCGAUGCCGGACUGCAGCACGCCGCUGACCGAAGCGGAAGCAAACCCCCGCGUCAUGUUGACAAAGUCUGCAGUGAGGGUGUAG